GCAAAGGAUGUGGAAGAGAAGGGAACUUUGUGUGAGAUUUGCGGUGAGACUGGAAAACAACGAAGGGACUACGACGUGUCAACUGACGAUGGGGAUGAAGGGCAAAAAUGGGCAAGAGAUAGGUUACAAAGGAGGGAGGAGGAAGGCCAGAUUCCUACAACAUGUUCCUACUAUUCUCCAUUCUUCUUCUUCUUUUAGCUUGGAGCUCCAUUAAUGGCUCCAAACUCCUACAGUGAUGUAUAUUGUAAAAUUGCAUUUACACUAUCCCUCUAACACACCAUUUGCUCCCCCAACUCCCAAAUGUCACAUCUUCUCGGAGGAAUCGCCGCCGCACCAUUCAUCAUCUUCAAGCUCAGGGCCGUCCCCGUCUCCGCUUCUGCAUCUCUCCGCAACCAAUCUUCAUCCUCACAUGCUCUAGAUGCGACCUUCAUCAAGCGGGCCUCUGAGCUCGCCGACAAAUCCGCCGGAUUCACCGCCCCUCACCCCAAUUUUGGGUGCGUGAUCGCUGCCACCGUCGGCGGAAGGGAAGCGGCUGAGACGGUGGGAGAGGGCUAUUUUUAUGCGGAGGGGACUGCGGCAGCCGAAGUGCAGGCUGUGGAGGCUGCAGGGGAGCGGUGUAGAGGCGCCACUGCUUACCUGAAUAUGGAACCCGGCGUCUCCUGCGGCGAUACCACCGCCGCAACUGCUCUUAUCCAGGCAGGAAUUGCAAGAGUUGUGAUUGGGAUUCGUCAUCCUUUGCAACAUCUUCGGGGAAAUGCAAUUCGUGCACUAAGAAGGGAAGGCCUGCAAGUUGAUGUGAUAGGGGAAAACCUACAUGGAAAAAAUUUAGAGGAAGCUCGUAAGUCUUGCCUUAUCGUCAAUGCGCCUUUGCUCUAUGGAGCUGCUUGCCAUGUUCCCUUUUCUGUUCUUAAAUAUGCAAUGACUCUUGAUGUUUAUAGGGAAGCCAACUCUUAACAAACCGGAACAUCAGCUAGUUUUCUGUAAUGACCAGGAAAGAUUGCUACUAGUAGUGGACAUGCAUCUUGGAUUAGCAGCAUAAAGUCAAGAAGUCGAGUUUUUGAAUUGCGGGGACGAAGUGAUGCUGUCAUUGUUGGAGGAAAUACUGUCCGUAAAGAUAGUAUGCUUCCAUUUAGCCUUUCUCUUGCACUUCCACAGGAAUUCAAAAACAUAUCACUGCCCCUUCAGUGGGGAUGUUAAAGGUAUUCUAGUGCUGGUGCACCUAACACAACUUUGGUGUUUAGAUCCACGCUUGACUGCAAGACAUGGAGGUAGCCAUGUACCAAAUAGAAUUGUGAUGUCGCAAACUCUAAGUCUUCCUGAAGAAGCCAAUAUUUGGGAUGUUUCUGAAGCCCCAACUGUAAUAUUGACACAAAGAGGUGCUAGAAGGAGUUUUCAAAAAGUGCUGGCCUCUAAAGGCGUUGAAGUAGUAGAGUUUGACAUCCUAGAUCCACGUGAUGUUACAGAGUACUUCUACGAUCGUGGUUACCUCUCGGUAUUGUGGGAAUGUGGAGGGACAUUGGCGGCUUCUGCAAUUUCAUCUGGAGUCAUACACAAGGUCCAUGCUUUUGUUGCACCAAAAAUUAUAGGUGGAAAGAAUGCACCAACUCCAGUUGGUGAUCUUGGGAUGGUAGAGAUGACCCAAGCUUUGGACUUGAUUGAUGUUUGCUAUGAACAGGUCCAUUUGUCGGAAUUGUCGCUACACCUAUAUUGUGAAAUUUUGUUUCACACAUGAUUGCUGUGUUUCUGUAUGACUGUAUGGCUGGAUUUUUACUUUAUUCUAUGUUACAUUUGUUGGGCAUGCAUGGGAUCUGUAUAACAUUACUGAUAUAGCUUCUUUUAUUUAAUGUGUUUAUGCUUGAAACUGUUGAGAACUGUAUAGGGGUAACAGACUAGCAGUGUAGCACUAGUUGGGCUAGUAUUAUGUAUGACUAGCUCAACUGCCCCAAAGCAUACAAGUCAAAACAAUGAGUUUUUAAUGCAAACAGAUUCAAGUGGGAUUUUCAAAUAAACCAUUCGACAAACUAGGCAAUUACACUUUUCACCCCUAGGCAUUGCGCUGUGACUAUGUGAUUGUUCCCCCAUGUUUCAAUCGCUUCAAUUGGGUACAUAGUGUUUCCACCCUUUUACAAUUGGGUCAUGCUGCCAGCCUGCCACUGAUCUGUAAGGACCAUGUGCCACUCUCUUGGACUAGCAUUCCAAUAUGGAAGCCGUAUGGGCUAGAACUGGACUAAAAUGUGUCCACCACAUGGGAGUUUAAACACCACUGACAUGUAGAUAGAUUAGUGCCAGUCAAAGAUGAUGUGUCUUACCACAACUUCCAAUAAUCCAAGUGAAUACUACAUCUUUGAGUAUCAUUGCUCUCACCUUAAGUGAAAAUAGGUUGGGUUACUUGUUUCUCUUCAACAACAACAUAGUAAAAUCCCACUAGUGGGGUCUGGGG